GCGAGCGCUGACGUUUCGACGCGCGACAGUGUAGCCAGUUCAUCGUACGCGGGAAAGUGAUCGCAAAUUAUCCAAUUAGCAAAAUGAAUCGCGAGGCAAGAGAUAGAAAGGUUGCCGAAACCUUUGAGAAGUAUAAAAUUUCCGAAUGGGGAACGAGAACGUGCGCUCAAGUGGCUACAAAUGUUGUGGAGCAAAAGCAUACGGUGUCAAGAGCGAAGAGGAGUCGCGCCCUUGGCAGCCGAGCGUUCCGCGGCAGCACUGUCUGGCUGACCGGGCUCAGCGGAGCUGGCAAGACCACUAUCGCGUUCGCGCUAGAGGCCUACUUGGUGUCUAAAGGUAUCCCAACAUACGCGUUAGACGGCGACAACAUCCGCACAGGCCUGAAUAAGAACCUCGGCUUCUCGAAGCAGGAUCGCGAAGAGAACAUCAGGCGAGUUGCGGAGGUCGCCAAACUGUUUGCAGACAGCGGUCACGUGUGCCUUUGCAGUUUUGUAUCGCCGUUUGCUGAGGACCGCGAAGUAGCGCGCCGUACUCACACAGACUCUGGUUUCCCGUUCUUCGAAGUUUUCAUCGACACCCCGUUGGAAGUUUGCGAACAGAGGGACACCAAGGGACUGUAUAAGAAGGCCAGAGAUGGACAGAUUAAGGGUUUCACCGGCAUCACGCAAGAGUAUGAGCGGCCAGAGGCGCCCGAGCUGGUGGUGCAGACGGUGGACAAGUCCAUCGAGGAGUCUACCAUGCAAGUCGUCCGGCUGUUGGAGGCUAAUGGCAUAAUUCCAAGCUUCGAAGGCAACCAGCUGGGCGUUGAAGAGCUGUUCAUAUACGGCAACAGGUUGACCAGUGCCAUCGAAGAGGCGGCCAGGUUGCCGUCAGUCGAAAUAACCACAUUGGACCUUAUGUGGGUGCAGGUACUCUCAGAAGGAUGGGCGUAUCCUCUCAAAGGAUUCAUGAGAGAAAGUGAAUAUCUUCAGGCCUUAAACUUCAACUGCCUCACCCUCGCCGACGGUUCCGUAGUCAACCAAUCAGUGCCCGUAGUCCUACCAGUGACCACCGAAAUCAAAGACAAUCUGUCCGGCUCUGAAGCGUUCGCUCUUGUCUAUGGCGGCAAGCCGGUCGCCAUACUGCGCGCUCCUGAGUUCUACCCUCACAGGAAAGAGUAUAGGUGUGGAAAGCAAUUCACCAUUCAGCACAAUGGGCAUCCUUAUAUUAAGAUGAUCGAAGAGUCCGGUGACUGGCUGGUCGGCGGUAACAUCGAGGUGUUCGAGCGAAUCCGCUGGCACGACGGACUUGACUCGUACCGUCUCACGCCAAACGAGUUACGGAGCAAGUUCCGGGAACUAGGAGCCGACGCCGUGUUCGCGUUCCAGGUAUGUGGAUGGACGAAAGAUGACGAUGUGCCGCUAGAGACCCGUAUCAACCAGCACAAGGCCGUGCUUAGCGAAGGCGUUUUGGACCCGCAGUCAACCAUACUGGCUAUCUUCCCGUCGCCUAUGAUGUACGCUGGACCUACUGAGGUGCAAUGGCACGCCAAAUGUCGCAUGAACGCGGGUGCCAACCACUACAUAGUCGGGCGGGACCCGGCGGGCCUCCCGCACCCGGCCGGCGGCGGCGACCUGUACGACCCGCGCUACGGGGCCAUGGUGCUCAAGAUGGCGCCCGGCCUCAACGAUCUCGAGAUUAUCCCGUUCCGCGUGGCAGCCUACGACACGUCCGUGGGAAAGAUGGCGUUCUUCGAUCCCACGCGGAAGGAGGACUUCGACUUCAUCUCUGGAACUCGCAUGCGAGGUCUGGCUAAAACUGGAAAGGAGCCGCCUAAAGGCUUCAUGGCGCCAUCCGCAUGGAGAGUUCUUGCCGAAUAUUAUCAGUCACUCAAAGCUAAAAUGGACACAAACUAAGUUUCUUCCGCCCUAUAUAUGAGUCAUAAACACUCAUAAAUAUUACGAAAUUUUGACCAAACAAUGAGCCUAAGCUCAUCAAAUUAGCUAACGAUUACUUAUUGGCUAAGUAAUCUAAGUAUAAUGCAACGAAUGAUUAGAUCAUUUAUGAUUAGUCAUUGAAAACAACGUUUUAAAUUCAUGGCAGCGUGGUCGCGUUAAAGAGCAUGAAAAUGCUGGAUCAGUCCCUCUAGCACAACUUGCCUUGUCGCGCGCGAGUCCAUACAUCAAGCGCGACUUCGCAAGUUGUGCUAGAGGGUCAGGUUGUAUGUUAAGGUUGACAUAAUACUGAUAAAUAAAAUAUACUGAUAAUUUCAAAUGGAAUUUACAGAUUCUGUUACUCAACAACGCUGUCUUGAAAUUAAAACGUUGUUACCGAUAACUACCUAUCAUUCAAGAAGCCUAUGCACAAUGUUUUAUUUUGAUUAAUGCGGUUAUUACUAAUUUAAUGACAUUGCAUAAUAAUAUUAAUAGCUUUGACCCAUACAUAUACCAAUUCUGGCGCUUAGAUUUAAAACGAUAGAAAAUGAUUUAUAUCGUAAAAUGGACUUACUAAUACUGCCAUCUAGCGUACGUUAUCAGAUAACGUUAAACUGCCUGAUUUAAAAAAUAGGCAGAAGAUCGGGAUUAAAAAGAGUCGUUCCAUUAAAGGCCCUUUUUAUUUAAAAUUCCAAUAGGAAUUCAGAUAAUAACUAAUAAGGUACGUACUCCCCAUGAAACAUAGACAUUUCAGUAAUGGAAAACCUAGUGUAAUGUUUAGUUACGUAAGUAGAAAGGAGUACAUCUAUAUAUCGUAAUGGGACUACUACUACCUUAUUUAAGUAUCAGUCUUGCAUAUACAAGUUUAAAAAUCUAUUGACGUGAUAUGACAUAUCUCGUCGGUGCGUCCUAUGGCCCGUUUCUCGAAAGGUACAAGCCUUGUAUUACAAGUGCGCGAACUGUCAAAUCGUAUGGGUUGUCAUGGAAACACACUUGUAAUACAAGGCUUGUACCUUUCGAGAAACGGGCCCUAGUCUCGCAGAACACUCAUAGAACGAACGUGCAAAAGGACGCAGCGAUGCGAUAGGCUGUAACAAGCGACCGCCUUGUUGGAAAUACUAACCCCCUUAUUCAUAAACGUACUCUGAAGUUAUCAAGCCGAUAAAGUUCGUUUGUCUUUUUCUAUCACACCAAUACGUCGAAAAUGGACAAACGCACUUUAUCGGCUUCAUAACUUUAGAGCACGUUUAUGAAUAAGGGGGUAAAAAUUUAAAUUUUACUUUGGUGGUGUUAUAAUCGAUUUCUUUAUUUAACGAAGCAUAAUGUAAACUAGAAUAGAUUUUGAGCCAUUAGGUAUAGUUAUUAAUUCCAGUUCUAUUCUUCCGAUUAAAUCGAGCUACGUAUUUUAUUUUUGUACUUAAGUAUUAUAAAUAUUGUAUUUUUUGUUGUUUGAUUAUAAAAAUGCUGUGCAUUCCGAUGUAUUCAAAAUGUAUUUUUUACUCUUUACAUUCCGUAUUCUCUUAUGUUCAUAUCGGAGUGAAAUUGUCGUACAGUUUUCUUCCUGCCAUAUUUUUAUUACAAUACUUGUAUCUAUACAGUACUCAUAAAGUACUAUUUAUUUUUGUUCAAUUUUAUUUAAAAGUAAAUCAAAUUAUUUUGAGUAUUUUAUUAAAUUUUAUAUUAAGAUUAUUUAAGAAUAGUUAUUUUUAUUGUUUGACGAAACGUUGAUGUUAAAUUAUUAAGAUGUUUAAAUAAUGUAAUUUAAUAUGGUGCUUUAAAACUUAAUAAAUAUAUGAUAUAA